AUUGUCAAAGCCGAUUUGGAAUAUAGCGGUGCAAGAACUCUUGAAAGAGCUCGCUGUAGGCAGAAAUCUUGUGAACGCAUUGAUUAUGUGCAUACCAGUUACAGGCACAUGAACAAGAAUUGACAGACACUGUCUUGUUACACUGGUACCAUGAUUCUCCAAAGCUGUUUCUCUCAGCCCACAUCAACUCCCAGAAACUGCUUCUCGAUUAAUAAUCCAUUCUUGGCGUCCCAUUUGAAGAGAAGUUUCAAGAAUUGUUGCUUUUGCAGUUUCGAGAAAAGGAUCCUAAUACUGAAGCAUGAUUUGCAUAACGAGUAUUGUUUGAAAUCAAUUUCGAGCAAUUUCAAGAUUCGGGCUCUUGAAAGUGAUGCCGGUCAGCUGGACGAGGCUACAGCAGAAAGGACGAAGUCAGACUAUGGUGAUCUUGUAUGGCCUUCUCCAAUUGAUGAAAUUCCAUUUUGGAACAGAGAACUUCCAUCUUGGGAUAUCAGCUCCGAGGGUCCUGUUGAUAUCCAGAAGGAUUCUGAUCUUAUGCACAUUGUUCAUGUAACAGCUGAAAUGGCACCCAUAGCUAAGGUUGGAGGGCUUGGUGAUGUUGUGACAGGUCUUGCCCGUGCAUGUUUGACGCGUGGCCAUAAAGUGGAUGUCUUUCUACCUUUCUAUGAAUGUAUCAACAAGCAGCAUAUUAAAGAGUUGGCGUUGACCAGUACAUAUAACUCGUUUUACGACGGAAGCUGGGUAGCUACUAAUGUAUAUCGCGGAGUAGUUUCGGGCAUACCUGUGGUAUUUAUUGAACCAUCUAACCAGUUCUUCAAGGGACAGAGUGUGUAUGGAGGUUCAUACAACGAGCUGGAGGCAUAUUUGUUCUUUAGCCGUGCCUGUCUUGAAUGGUUGCAGGUCUCUGGAACCCAGCCUGAUAUCAUUCAUGUUCAUGAAUGGCAGACUGGUAGUUUGCCUUUGCUUUACUGGGACAUGUAUCAUUAUCUGUCGCUUAAGAAACCACGAAUUGUGUUGACAAUCCACAACAUGGAGCACUAUGGAGAAUGCAGGCAAGAGCAGCUUAGCAAGUGUGGUCUUGAUGGGUCUAUGUAUGCGAAUGAAGAGAAGGCGGUGGAUGAUCGAACCAUUGGGCAUAACCCUGAGAGAUUAAGUUUACUGAAAGGAAGCAUCGUCUAUAGCAAUGCAAUAGUGACAGUUUCUCCAACAUAUCUCAAGGAAACACUUUGCUCUGGAUGGCUUGCUGGCACGCUGAUAAGACACCGUGACAAGUACUUUGGGAUUUUGAACGGGAUAGAUGCUGCGAUGUGGAACCCCGCAACUGAUGCAUACUUGCCCGCCAAAUUUGAUGCUAACAAUGUGGAGGGGAAGAAGAUAUGCAAACUUUAUGUCCAAAGAGGGCUUGGUUUGGCUUCAGAAGUACAUUCACGGAAUCCUGAUACAGUGCCUCUAGUUGUGUGCAUUAGCAGAUUAGUUGCUCAGAAAGGUCUUCAUUUGAUUACUAACGCAAUCAGAUAUGUUGAAGAACUUGGUGGACAAAUGGUUAUUUUGGGAAAAGCUCCAGACGGCCGGGUUGAAAGUGAAUUCAGAGGUCUUGCUGAGUUGCAUAGCAAAGGUUCCAGCAUUCGGAUUCUUCUGAUGUAUAGUGAGGAGUUGUCCCACAUGCUCUAUGCAGCUGCCGACAUUGUCUUGGUCCCAUCAAUAUAUGAACCAUGUGGACUUGCUCAAAUGAUUGGAAUGCGCUAUGGAGCGGUCCCUAUUGUCAGAAAGACCGGCGGUCUUGCAGACACAGUUUUCGACAUGGAUGAUCAGUCGCAACCUGAGCUGAUGAACGGCUUUGUUUUCAAAGGAAUCGAUGAAGGAUCUUUAAAUGGGGCUCUCGAUCGUGCAUUUUCUUACUACCGACAAAAACCUGAUGAAUGGAGAGGCAUAGUGAAGAAGGUAAUGCAGAUAGACAAUAGCUGGAACAAUACGGCAGGGAAGUACAUUGAAGUCUACAACUCUGUUAGAGUGAGAAAUCAUUGACAUUGUAUUAGGAGAUGCAUACUGUGUCGGCAACUGGUCUUGUGCAGAGGGCCUAUUCCGUGAAUAAAUCAAUAAGCUCUCGAAAAUGCAUUUUUAAACCAUGUAAUUUUCCAGUUUUGAGUAGUUAAUUUUGCAGAAUAAGUUCA